GUUAAUUAUGUCUUUGUGGUUAAAGUGGUAAUGGGGAGAGAACCAGAGGAGAAACACAUGGAUAAUAAGCUAAACAGCUCGACGGGAUCUUCGCAGCAAAUGGAGCCUGCAGAGGUUAAGGAGUGUACUACUGAUCACAACUCGGUUGCAGAAGAUGACGGAUCUGGAUCCCAUACAUCUCCUGGCCAAAGGAAGAAGCUAAACACACCACCUCCUGCACACAAAACUCGUGGUGGUGGUGGCGUGAAUUACACUGUUCCAAAGCCAUUCUCUCUGUCGGCUGAAAAGCCUGCUGCUUCCUCUGUCUGCGCAAGAGCAGGAGUUGAUAGUCAUAAUAGCUCGCCGGGAAAUGCUGCUAGCCGCAACUCUUCUUCAGGAUCAAGAGGUUCACAGCCAAACUCGCCUAUGCCAGCGAGGAAGACAAUAGAUCACAAGAAGCACCAUGAUGAUGAAGAUACUUUUUCUGUUGCUUCCUCAUCAGCUACAUCUGUAAGAACUAUUAAACCCAAGGUAACCAUUGGAGUUGCUCCAACCUUUAGCAGCACUUCGCGGCUGGAGAGACGCAAAGAGUUUUACAAGAAGCUGGAAGAGAAACAGAAAGCACUUGAGGAAGAGAAGAGAGAAAACGAGAAAAGGCUUAAGGAAGAGCAAGAAGUAGUCACUAAGCAACUCAGGAAGAACAUGGCUUACAAAGCUAAUCCCGUACCGACCUUCUACAACGAGCCUCCUCCACAGAAACCUCCAUUGAAAAAGUUUCCUCUGACUCGGCCCAAGUCACCAAACCUUAACCGCAGAAAGAGCUGCAGCGACACAGUCAACUCAUCACAUCAGGAGGUGAAAGGGAAGCAUUGUGUUCGACAUCGCCACAGUGUAGACGGUCGCAAGGACGGAUCCAACCCGAGGAGGACACCAGAUACGAAGAAGUCCACAAGGGAAACACCAACAAAGUCUGAAGAAGUUUAUGGGAAAAACAAGAGUGGCAAUGAGGGAGAGGCAGGUGAGAACUGCAAUUGAUGCUGUGGAGUGAUGUGACGUUUAGUUUAUAGCUUCCGUUUUGACUAACUUGGUGAUUUGAGAAAUGGGUGAGAAGUUUAAGAGGAAGAACAUUUUCUAGAGUGAAAACAAAAAAACAAGUUUAAAAGUUCCGGUUGUUUUGCUUUGCUUAAUAUUUCUAUAUUUGAUUGCUUGAAAUCAGCUACGCUUACUUGUUUGAUCUUUUCUUUGUCAGUUUCAGAAUUCAUGUGAAAAUGUAUAUCAAAGUUGUCUGAAAAUUAAGUUAUUAAACA